GGGCAUCCUCCUAACAUGCCCAGCGGCCUGUUAUAAAGGCUCCUGGCCAGAGAGGGGCUGCCAAUCAGCUCUGGAAGAGCAGUGUGUCUGUGUGUGUGUGUGAGAGAGAGAGAGAGAGAGAGAGAGAGAGAGAGAGAGAGAGAGAGACAGAGUGCGCGAGAGAGACAGAGUGUGUGAGAGAGAGAGAGAGAGAGAGAGAGAGAGAGUGUGGAGGGAGAGAUUAGCCUACUGCUGCUGUGACUGCUGCUCUACCAGAAACAGGGUGACAGCUAGGAAGAUAAUGCCCCAGAAUGUGGUCCUGGAUGGGCCAGCCCCCUGGGGCUUCAGGCUCAAUGGAGGGAAGGACUUCAACCAGCCCCUGACCAUCACCAGGGUGACGCCUGGCAGCAAAGCCUCGCUGGCCAACCUGUGCCCCGGUGACAUCAUCCUGGCCAUAGAGGGUGUGAGUACAGAGUGCAUGACUCACAGCGAGGCCCAGAACAAGAUCAAAGACCCUGCCUCCCAGCUCGGCCUCAAGAUUGAGAGGCCUGAGACCAAAAUGUGGUCACCCCAAGUCACAGAGGAUGGGAAAGCAAACCCAUUCAAGCUCAAUUUAGAGGCAGAACAGCAAGAGUUGAAACCUAUCGGUACAGGUCACAACCGACGCGCCCAGCCCUUCAUGGCUGCGGCCACCAUAGACAACGGACGCCAGGUGGUGAGUUCCUCCUACAACACCCCCAUAGGCCUCUACUCCUCAGGCAACAUCCAGGACGCCCUGCACGGACAGCUCCCAGGCCUUGUUCACGAUAAGCAUGAGGGCGAGUGCCCUCCUCCGCAAGGCCUGAUGGGAAAUGGCCAUCAGACGGUGGUCCCCCUCUCCCCCCUUGACCCUCCCCUGUCUGCUAACUCCGGCACAGACCAACCCUUGGCCCCCAGUGCUCAGUAUAACUCCCCCAUUAACCUGUACUCUGAGGCCAACGUCUCGGCCGCUCAGCAGCUAGCUCAGGUCACCUCAGUAGAGGAACAGGUCCCUCUAAGUGGUAAGACACUGUCCUCCAUCAAGGAGUCUCAUGUGUACCGGAUGCUCCAGGAUGACCAGGAUAGGCCACGUGAACCACGUCAGUCAGGCUCCUUUAAGGCUCUGCAGGAACACGUGGAGACUGAUGGAGCAAAGCCGUUGAUUACUAGAAGUGUAAGAGCUCCAGUGACAAAGCCUCCUACACCUGCGGGAUCGCUACAGAAACUACCCCUCUGUGACAAGUGUGGAAACGGCAUAGUAGGCACAGUGGUGAAGGCCAGAGAAAAGUUCCGCCACCCUGGAUGUUUCGUGUGCUCCGACUGCAAAGUCAACCUGAAGCAGAGGGGCUACGUCUUUGUGGAGGGGCAGCUGUACUGUGAGACCCACGCCCGCGCCCGGACGAUACCUCCAGAGGGACACGAUGUCAUCACCGUUUACCCCACGGCUUGAGACCAGUGGACUGGGAAAUGCACAGACCUGUCCAAAUGGAGCCAGAACUGUAACUUGCCACUCCCCUUCUCAUACAGAAUGUUUCAGGACAAAAUACAUGAUAUAUGGUUUCACAAGCUGCACUGUGGAUAGGCCAUACUACAGUGGCGUUCAUCAACUUAACACCCUGAACUGAACAUAUCAAUAUCUGUGGACAUUAUGAUGCAAUUGUGAAUUUGCUUAUCACCGUCAAAAACGCAACCAUUUAUCUUUUUAAAAAGGAAUAUGUUUGUUAUGCCUUGUGAAUACCAACUGUGCCUUGUGAUUGAAAGCUUUUCUGAAUAUGUUACCAUUGGUAAUAAAAAAAGAAGACAAACGUAUUA